GGAAAUACUCGAUAAAUACAAACCAGGCAAUGGAAAGAAAAACAUCUCCAAAUUACGAAAUUUUGACUCGAAGCGUAGCCUACUGAUUAAGAGUAACUGAUGUAAUCAGCCAUGAAGAAGACUGAUCAAACACACACCUUAUUCCACUCGUGGGCAGCAUCAAAACCUCUCACAGAUAUGUUUUGUCAGACGCCUGUUAACAGUAACAAUGCCAAGCUGGGUAUGGGAGGCAUUCAGGGCACUCCUGCUGUGCUCGAUCUGUGUAAUGAGGGUGAAGAUGAUGAACUGAUUCGUGCCUUGGCUAUGUCUGAGAUGGAUGGUGAGGUGUCCCAGCUGAAAGCAACUCCACCUGCUUCAGGGAUACAAAAUGAUUCGAACGCUCUAACUGACUACCCAAUGGCUGAACAUGACAUGCUAGGAUUUUCCAAAUUCAAUGGGAGAAUGUUAACCUAUCCAACAAACUACCCAGUACGUGACUACCAGUUGAACAUCGUUCAGUCCGCAAUCUAUAGAAAUACGCUUGUUUGUCUACCCACUGGCCUUGGUAAAACAUUUAUUGCUGCUGUUGUCAUGUACAACUACUUCAUGUGGUAUCCAUCUGGGAAGGUAGUGUUCAUGGCUCCUACAAAACCCCUUGUUGCUCAACAGAUUGAGGCUUGCUACAACAUCAUGGGUAUACCACAGACUCAUACUGCUGAAAUGACAGGUGCUAUGUCCCCUGUUGAACGAGUGAAAGCCUGGCAGACCAAACGCUUGUUUUUUCUGACCCCACAAGUCAUGAUGAAUGAUCUUAGUCGAGGAGCUUUACCUGCUGAUCAGGUCAAGUGCCUCGUUGUGGAUGAGGCCCACAAAGCUCAAGGAAAUCACGCUUAUUGUCAGGUUGUGCGAGACAUUCUGAAGUAUUCGAAGGACUUUCGUGUUUUAGCUUUAAGUGCAACACCUGGAAGUGAUAUCAAGUCUGUCCAACAAGUGAUAACUAACCUGUGCAUAACCAAUAUAGAACUCAGAACAGAAGAUUCAAUCGACAUCAAGCAGUAUUCACACGAACGACAGGUGGAUAAGAUUGUUGUGAAACUCAACAAAGCUGUGCUUGCAGUCAAGCAGAAAUAUAUGAGGAUUUUGAAAAUGGUUGUUGAUCGUUUGAUCAGGAUGCGAGUACUCUACAACAAAGACCCUGAAAGCCUGUCCAAGUUUGCCCUCCUGAAGAACAGAGAUGCUUUUAGACAGAACCCACCUGAGAGUUUAUCGCAAAGUCAGUAUGGGAUGGUCGAAGGUGACUUCGCAAUGUGUAUCUCUCUCUACCAUGGAUAUGAACUUUUGCAACUGCAUGGUCUUAAGCCGUUGUAUAGUUUCUUAGAGGGGAUUGCUAGUGGAGAAAAAGGAUUUGGUAGAUCAAGACAUGAACUCCUCAGAAAUGCAGACUUUUGUAGUAUUCUGGAAGAACUCAAAGCGAAAUUUCAUCCAAGCAAUGCGCCUCUGUCAUCCAUGUCUACUCAGUCUCAACCAGGCAAGCCAUUUGUGUCUGGCCACCCAAAACUUGGGAAACUGCAAGAGAUUGUACUUGAACAUCAUCAGAAGUAUCUUGAAGAACAUGGCAACUCUAAUACUAGGAUAAUGAUCUUCUCUCAGUACAGAGAUUCAGUUAUGGAAAUAACAGACAUGUUGAAUCAGCACCAACCCCUUGUUAAAGUAAUGAACUUUAUUGGACAGUCGUCCAUUGGCAAGGCCAGUAAAGGAUUCACUCAAAAGGAGCAGCUGAAGGUGAUGAGGCAAUUCCGUGAAGGAGGUUACAAUACGUUGGUAUCUACUUGUGUCGGAGAAGAAGGCCUUGAUAUAGGUGAUGUUGAUCUUAUAAUUUGCUUUGACGCCCAUAAGAGUCCCAUACGCCUGGUGCAGAGAAUGGGAAGGACAGGGAGGAAACGGAAGGGAAGAAUAGUAAUGUUGGUGACAGAAGGAAAGGAGGAAAUGAUUUACAAGAAAAGUCUGUACUCAAAGAAGUGUAUCCACAAUGCCAUUCUGAAUAGUCGAAAGUCCUUACAGUUUUAUCCCAAUUACCCUCGAAUGAUACCAGAAGGGCAUAAACCAGCAUUAUUCAAAACCUACAUCACAGUUGCCAAGGCGUUCCAGUCAAAAUGCAGUAAGCAGAUGCAAUGUCGUUCUGCAAUUUCCAGCCAUUCUGGUGAGUUAGUGCAUUACAAGUGUGGUCAGGAUGGGUUGCUGUCCAAAGAGGAAUGGGAUGAUUACAUGGAGAAGUUCUACGUACCUGAGGCAUCCAUUCCAAUUGUAGAAAAUACAAAAAUAACCUGCUUGAGGCCAGCAGAUGAGGAGGCAUUUGUGUCUAAUGAUCGACCAGUGCUGUCUCUCUGCGAAUGGUUACCCUGGCAAAACGUUCACCAGGAAACAGUCCUUGUUAGUCAUUCAGUAAGAACUGGUCAUCUCGUGGAGAUAAUGGAAUUCAUGGAAUUACAAUCAUCACUGGGUGAUGAUGAGGGCGGAGUUGCAUAUGGUGUUGAAAUGAGUGCAUAUCGAGAGGAAAAAUUGCUCAAACCUGAAGAAACCACCAUAAAAGACAAUGGAAUCAUGAAUUUCCUGGAUUUAGCAGCUGACAAGGAUGAUGAGAAUACUGGAGAGAAGAUAAGGCAGAGGAGAAUCAAAUGCAUGCCUUUACCUCAGAUUAGCUCAUCAGAAGAAGAGCUUGAUACUGAUGAUGAGUUACCAAAGUUUGGUGGCCAAUGCAAAAUGGAAAAAAAAACUAAUUCACAUCAAUCUGAGACAGAUGCUGCCCUUAACAUCAAGUUAAAAGUUGAAGCCACAGCUCUGGCUAUGUCAAACAAGACCUCAAAGGAAAGAGGGGGAAAAUGUGCUGAACGUUUGAUUGACUUGGAUGCAGGAGAUUUAAAUCGAAAAAAGUUCUGUCCAAGUCCUUUAUUGGGAAAGCGUAAAAGAAAAAACACUGAAAAAAAGAUGUGUUUAGUCGAUGAUAUCGGAAAAAAUAUCGCUGUUAGUGAGAAAUGUCGAAAUUAUGGUGAGAAAAAUGCGAUAAAAGUUGUGAGACUUAGUACAAUCAAUACCAGUGUUAUCAAUAUUAGUGCAAUCAAUACCAGUUUGAAAGAGGUUGCACCAGUAUUUUCUGCACCACUGUGUCAUGCUGUUGUUGACAGAAUACAAAGAAAUAUUGCAGCAGCUGCUGCUGAUGGUAAUUCACUUGUCCAAAAUAAUGUGUUGCUCCAAAGUACAGAAUUAGGGGAUGAAAAGCCAAUGGUAUUGACUAAAUCACCAGGAGAAGGUGGUGCUGGUAAACAGGCUUCGAUGAGUUCAGUUGAGGGGUCUGCAGGUUUGUCAGUAGAGAUAGACAGAAAGAGUAAAAGGCAAUUUUCAGUGCAAAAAGGUUUAUUUUGCAAUGACGGUGAUGAAUUUGAGGUGAACCGAGGAGGCAUAUGCCAAACACCUGCAGCUUCUUUAUGUAGGGUAAAGGAUGCUACGGUUGACACGUUUCCAGCUGUUCAUCAUAUGCUUCCCUCAUUGGUGCUUGGUGGUGCAAGUGUCGUUAAUGAAAGACGUAGACUUAAUAGUGAUGGAAAAAAUAUGGGGAAUAUUUCAGUUCAUGAGAAAAUGUCAGAUUCCAUAACAGAGUUUUCUCAGUUAACCAGGCUGCCCCAAUCAACAGAGUUGCCAUGGUUAAAAAGCAACCUUGGGUCAGGAGUCACCGAGCCUCCUUAUCUAGGAGGUCUUGAUUUCUUGUUUGACGAGCUUGGGACACCUGAUAGGCUGUCUCCUUUGGAUAUACUACAACUAGUUGAUAUCUGGGAAGCUGAGAAGGUUUUGACAGAUGACAACGUGGACAAAGGUAUCAAGAGUACUCAUCAAAUCAACUAUGAUAGUAAUCUUCCAAAUAGUACAAGAACAAAUGACCAAAUGAAAUUGUCUGUCAGUAGAGAUGCCAUCAAACUUAAUCCAGCAGAUGAAAUGUUUGAAGAAGUGCCUAGUUUGGAUAAAUGUUGCCUUAUGUUUGGGAAUGAUUCUGAUAGGAGUAGAACUGACUCCGGUGCUGCAAAUCAGAAUAUUACACAACAGAAGAAAUGCACAGGACAGUUAGGUUGUAAUUCUGAUGGGUCUUUUGGUCCAUGCAGUUAUGUUGUCGAGUUGAGAGAAUCUUCUGUAGUUAGUCCUCGAGUAAGUCGAUUGUCUAGACACUGUGCUGGCAACAAUGAAGUUCUGUCCGGGCCUUUAUACUCACAGGCAGAUGAUGAUAAGAUACCCAUCUGUUUGCAUAGCGCGGCUGAUGACUUUGAUAAUCUGAAUGAGCAAUGCAUGGACCAUGCUCCAACAGAGAAAAUACGAUGUGGAGAAAGUCAGAAGUUUGAUCCUUGUGGACUUGCAGAGACUGAUGAACUCCUCUUGGACAUUGAUGGCAGGGAUAAUUCUGAUAUUCGGUCAGUAAGAGGUGCCAAAGACUAUGGAUCUUGUCUUGAUAAGGUUCAAGCUGGAGAGAAGGAGACAUUAGUCUUUAGAAACUGUCGAGGAGAAAAACAAUCAUCAUGUGAAGUUUCUGCUCCUUGCAGUUCUGAACACAUGUUGUCAGAAGUCACUGUUUCAUGUGAUACACUAGAGAGAACAGGUUUCAAACAGGGGUCUGCUGUGGAACUGGCAUAUGUAUCCAAAUCACAGGUCUCUAGUUCUGUACUCUGUGAUACCAAGGAUAAUUCUAUUAGGAAAGUGAAAACAGUUGUGAGCCCAGUGACCAAAAAGGCGACUUUUCUCGAAGCCUUUAAUGUGUCCUGUAGUUUGUUUGAUGAGGACUUUGCCAGUAACAGUUGUAUUGAUGGUGCUAACUCCAUCAUUCAUCCUAACAUACAUAACAAGCCUUUCACAUCUUAUGAAAAUGGUGCAUUAUUUGACAGUGUUGAACUUGAUAAAAGACACAGUGGUGAUGAUUUUAUGAUGGACACUGGUGUUACCCUUAUCAAAAAGCAUCAGUGUUGCAAAUCUGGUUCUCUGUCAAACAUAGGAUUGAGGAGUGGUGACAGCAUAUUCACUGCUGUUCCAAAUGCUAAAAGUGACACAGAAGAUUGGCUUGAGCCAGUCACACCAAAGUCGCCUGAUUUGUUUCAAGUUGUGCAGAUGAAUUCCAGUUGUGCAUCUGAUAGAAAGAGAUACAGGGAAACCAUAUACCCCCAUGUGGCUGUUAUGAGCAACCAAAUGGGCAAUAUUACUGCAUCAUUGUUGAAUGAAGACGAUGAUAGUGAUGAUAAUGACCAACUUCUAGCAGCUGUUUGUGUGGGCGCAUCUAAGAACGGUACCAUAAGUUCUGAAGUCAUUCAAUGCAAUACCACUAAAACUGAAUUGGAGCAUGUGGGAGCAAUUCCUGAAAAUACUCCUAUCACUUUUACACAAGCCAUUGAUAGUGUCCUAGGUUGUUCAGAAUUGCCAGAGGACAACGACAGUCGUGAUCUAAGGCUACAGGAGCCUUUAUCACUGCCACAGUACACUGAUCAUGACAGUAAGAAUAUUACUAAUUCAUUGUCCAGUUCUGUUUGUAAUGCUGUACAAGGUGCAUCAGUGAACAUUUCAAACCAUAAGUUAAGCUUAUUCUCACAGACAAUGAAUCAGCCGGGCGGGAAUCUCCAGGAGAAUGAUGGACCAUGUAGGUCUAAUCUGCCUACUGACGAGUUGAGUCCCUGUAUUUUGACUAAAAAUACGACAGAAGAAAAUGUCUUGAAGUCCAACCAUGGAAACAGCUCCUCGCCGUUUUCUCUGAAAAGGAAAAUCUGUUACAAGGAUGAAGCUGAGCGGAAGCUUGACAGUGAUGAUAUACAUAAAGCUGAGUACAACUCGCACAGCAAUGAUCCUGACUUGUUGGGAAAUGAAACUGAUGAUCAAGUAGAAAGAAGAGACACGCAAGAAAGCUGUGGAUUUAUGUACUCGCCACUUACAUCUGAUCUGCAAGCAGAUUGCAACCCAUGUAACCAAGUGAAGAUGAAAAAUCUUGCUGUCUUUGACAGUUCUAUUGGACUGCUAACACCUGUCAUUCGUGUACCAAGAAGGAAGAAAGCCAGACUGAUUCUUUCUGAGUCAUCAAGUGAUGAGGAUUUGGUAGUCAAGGUGAAGUCAAGGAAAGAUGUGGCUACAUCACUGGCCACGACUCGGGAGAGGUUCAAACGAAAAAGAGGUCAAUCUGCUGCAACACCAUUUAUUGAAGUUGAGGCUGACUUGUCAGUUGGGUUUGUAGAUUCUGGGGAUGAAGAUGAAGAUGAUCUGGAUCAUUAUGAUGCAAGCUUUGUCAAUGACAACACUCUCCUGACACAGUCAGUUGGUCAAGAUUCAUUUGAUUCACAAGCAAUGUACAUCCGCUCCACAACGAAUACAGACUUUUCUGGUGACCUAGGUCGCUUCAAGCUUCAUUAUAAACGAAACGUUGAGAUGGAUGUCUUCUCACAGGUGCGAGAGGAGGAGGAAUCAUGUUACAGUGAGAUGGACAGCUUUAUCAAUGAUGAUGUAAAUGAGGAUUAUGGGGUUGAGAGCGAAGCUGAAAUAACUAUUUGCCACAAGAGAGGAAAGGAGUCGGCAUCCGUUUCAAAACAGAAGACAUGUACCACAAAUAUGGCAAAAGGCAGGAAACGUAUUCGAUUUAUGAACUCUUCAGGUAGUGAUGAACAUGAAACACCUGUCAAAUGUAUAGAGACAAAUACUGCUCAUUCAAACAAUCCUACAGUGUUAGCACCUUGUGCUUCAGGACAGCUAAAAACUUUGCCUGCUAAUACCUCAGGAAUGCUGACAAUGUCUGGGCAAGGUAAGAACUCGACUCUAAGCUGUUUAGGAAAUCCUGGGAUAAGUGAGAAUGGAAGUUUAGCAGCUUAUGGGUAUUCAGUGGACGAUAUGGGUUCGACUUCUUCUAAAGUUACCACCGUCAAUUCUGGUCGAAACUUUGAUUUCAAAAAGACUGCAAACUCUUCACGAAAUAAAAUGUCCUCGCUACCAGUUACUGGACUUCACAUUCCUGAUAUCUAUCUUGAUAUCAAUACAGAUGAUGACUUUGGUGGUUGUGAACCAGGUCCAACCGGACUACUUGCCACAGGCAUAGAAGAAUUGUGGCCCAGCUUCAGCACAAAAUCUACAAAUAAAAUGGCUCCCAAUGCUAGUCACUCGUCAACCCCAGUGAAACAAGUAACUCAAUCCACAACUGUGACAAGUAUAUCUACUAAUAAUUCUGUUCAGCGUCAGUUAUGUGCUGAACAGUUAUGGAGACAAGGAAAACUUGAAGAAUUCCAAAGUAUGGACGCAAAAAAUCAGGAACAAAGGAAAAAGCUGGACGAAAUUACAUGUAAAGGACUUCUGACUAUCAAAGACACUCCCUCUUGCAAUGAAAGGAAUGGUGUGUCAAAUUCUGAGGGUUUCAUGAUUCCAGUUUCUUCAUCUUCACUUCGUGGAAAAUUUCAGUCAUCACAGUUUGAUGACAGAAGUAAACUUGUGAUCUUGAUCGAUUCCCGAGAACUGAGUGGCGCUCAAGAACUGAUGUCUACUUUACGUUUAAUGCACAAACAGAAUGUAUUUGUUUGCCAACUGCUUGGAUGCAACUAUGCUGUUAGCAAUAGAAUGGGAGUGGAGCGAAAAGUCAUCUCUGAUUUGGUUAAUGGUGCUAAGAAGUCAAAACUAGUAGAUCGACUGAGGUAUAUGUGUGACCUUUAUGACCGCCCUGUUCUGAUCAUUGAGAAGGAUCGGAUCAAACCUGGUGAGGUGCCUCACAAAAAGACUUUUUUUAGGAGUAAAUAUGUUGAAAACAUGCUUGCCUCCCUAUCCCAGUCACACAUCAAAGUUCUCUACAGCGAUUCUCAGGAAGAAACUGCCAACCUAUUGUCCAAGUUAUGUUUACAAGAAUCGAAAAAGAACAUGUCCAUCUCAAGAUCACCAACUAUGGCAGAUCAGACAAAUCAGACAAAUGAACAGGUCAUGAAGUUCUACUUAUCCAUGCCCAAUGUGAAUUAUACAAUGGCUUUGAAUAUGUUCCAUAACUACAAGACCAUUGCUGCAUUCCUUCAUAGCCCCGUUGAGCUGAUGCAAAUCAAAGGAUGCAUGUCAAGAGCAAGAGCGAUUGAGCUCCAUCGGUUCAUCAGACACAAGUUUGAUUUGCAGCUGUUGCCCAAUCCUACAGACGAAUAACACGGUUCAUUUGGGAAAGGUUCGAUUCACAGAAGCUGCCCAACGAAUUUGAUUCACCGAUGCUGCCCAAUAUUGAUUCGUAAAUGCUGCCCAAUGAUAUGGACUAGAAACAUGGUUCAUCAGGCGUGAGUUUUAUCCGGAGAUGCUGCCCUGAAUAGUAUACUGAUAAAACACAAUAAUCAAUUGAAAACAUAAAUUUGAAGAAAGUUUGCGUCCAUUGAUGACGGCUAGAUUUAAAGAGAUUUUCUUAUUUGAUGAGUGAUAGAACAGAAUUUAGCCACAAGAUUAAUUUUGCCCUUCAGCCGUUAAAAGGUGUAAAAUUAUUUUGUUUUCUGCAGAUAACUUGUUUUUUUUAAACCAAGCUUUUCAUUAUUUGACCUAACUUUCAAGGUCACAGAAGUCAAAGAGCAUAAAUUGGCUGUUUGAGUGUAACUAUGGCACUUUCUUAACCGAAAAGCUAUGAACUUGAAAUUUGGUACACAUGACUCCCUAUCUCAUUUGACCUCUGGCACUGAAUUUUGAUCCGAACUGAUUCUCGACUUAGCCACCAGGAGGCCAAAACUAAAAAAGGUAAAAGGUGCAAUAUCUCACUUAUUAGUGAUUUGUUUGCAAUGAUAUUUUUAUGGUAGAUACUCUGAGAAAGGAUCCAUCACAUCAUACUGACUUUGGUUUGACCUAUAUACUAUAAUGUAUCAUGUUUCUUUACCAGGAUGAAUUCCUAACCACCAAAUAUCUGAAAUGGUGCUAAACUUAACCCUUUAGUUAACCGAAAUCGGGAAAGAAGAACACAUGUUUUCUCUAUAAAUUCGCACUUUAUUAUUGGUAAAUGAUUCCGAUCUGGCGACUCCGUUCCGUCGUCUGCUACAAGAGAGCGAGAGCCAGCCCUGAACGCACGCAGGCCUCGAUACAACUCCGCAAGCAGCGGCUGCAUAUAAAAGGUGGAAUACCACACCGACACAUAUCUAUAAGGUGAGCACAAUGGCCCAUGGCCGUUUCAUUUAUAAUUAUCAUUAUAAUCUAUGCCAAGGCUGGACCAAACCUUGAGCCGCAUAGUUCUAUGAUCAGCCAUGAAAAUUAAAAGUGACUCGCUGUUACCAGGGUUGGGCCACAGCUGGCCUUGCUCGGUUGUACCAGGGUUGAACCACAGUUGGCCCAACUCUGGUACCAGUGCCAUUACAAAAAUAAUUUUUCGGAAAAUUUUGGGAUAGCAUACAGACUUAUUGGAUAUAUAUUAAUGUAACAUACCUGAUAAUUUGGUUUUCUAUUCUUGCAAUUCUGUCCUCUAUUGGCUAGGCUGGUUUUGCUGAGAUACCGCACAUUUUGUGACAUAAACAACACUAAUGAAGAAUGUAGGAAUUUCUAUUACCUAUCGCCAUCACCUUUUUCUUGACCUGUUUUGCUUUCGCAAUGACUAAUUCUUCAUCCUGGCCAUAUGAUCAAGCCUAAACCUACUUUCUCUUUUGAACGCGUGCUAGGCUCUUUGAAUUAAAUCCACUGCAUUACUCAUUGCCAUGACAAAAAAAGUUGGUGAAAUUUUGAUUUCGGACCAAGUUAUUGUGACGUUAUCUCUCUUAAAAAGAAUUCCAAGGCUGCUGGCUACCACAGGCCGUUUCUUCAUACUGGUCACAUGACCUUGCCUGAACCUUUUCUGUCUCCCGACCAGGUGCUAGAAACUGAAUUUAAGUCACUGGAUGACAAAUGGCCAUUGGAGAAAAUAUAGUUUUCAGACAGAUUUAUUAGGUAUACAACAAUGUGAUCUAUACCUGAUAAUUUGGUCUGCUAUUCUUACCAUUCUGUCCUUUGUUCGCUUGGCUGGCUUUGCUGUGAUUCCUGACGUAUUGUGAUCCAAACAACCCAUAGGAAGAAUAUUGAAAUUUCAAAACAAGCAAGCGCAGCCUCACCUUUUCCUCCUGUAUGGUUUUGUGCUAGAGCUAUUUCCACAUCCUUGCCAUAUUACCUUGCCUAAACCUUUUCUAUCUCCUAACUUUUAGUUCAGCCACUGGAUGCCAAAUGACCGUGACAAAAAAAUGGUUUGGAUAAAAUAUGGUUUUUAGACAGAUUUAUUAGUUAUACAUUAAUGUUAUGUAUACCUGAUAGUGAUAAAUGAUAGUGAACUAUUAAGAGUUACAUUUUUGAUCAACAUACUACUAUACGACUUAUCUUUUGCGUAAACUGAGUAAAUACGUUCACCGUUAUCCUCAUGUUGUCUACGCACACACCUUUUGGCAGCAUGUUCAAAAAAGGCUUGAGUCUCUGCCAGCGUCGAUUUCUUUUCUGACGGAUGUAAUGGGUGUUUACUCUAAAACCCCGAAUACAUGGUCUGAAGCUCCGCCCCCAUUCAUUGCAAUGGAGCCUAUUCUUCAUGGUUCACUGUUAGGGUAUCAAGGUGCAAGUCAUGAUGAAUUUAUUUUUUUCCCUAGUAUCAAUUCUAAAGAAACGACACAUGACAAUGGGUCUCUUUUAUUAGAAGAAAUGGGCCUAUACUACAACCAGUGAUGUCAGCCAAGAUCAGAGCGUGAUUAUGACACAUGCGACUCCAUUGGCCGAUAUCAUUGAUAAAAGAAUAAUACCUGACUUAUUGGCCCAUCCCCGUUCAAAACCAUUGUAAUGAAUGGGGGCGGUGCCUCAGACCUUGUAUUCGAAUUUUUUGGAGUGUAUAGAUAUAAUGUAUACCUGGUUUGCUAUUCUUCACAUUCUGUCAACUCUUGGCUGGAAUGGUUUUGCUGUGAUGCUCGACAUGACUUAUAAAUGAUGGUGAUGAUAAUAUCAAUGUUAAAUUUAGGAGAUUUUGUUUUCAGACAGAGCUAUUGGGUAUAAUGUAGUGUAUGCCUGUUAAUUAGGUUCGCCAUUUGUGCGAUUCUGCCUACCUAUGUUUGGUUUUGCUCAAAUGCUGGACACGUUGUGAUCUAAAACACCAAAUUGAAUAAUGUAUAAUUGCAAUGAAAAACAAACAAACUCCCUGCCACCUUUAUCAUUUCCUUGGCCUAUGUCUUUGCCAACAAAAUGGCUAUUACACAUUCUGGCCAAACAAUUUCCCCCUCCUGAUAUGCAAAAUUCUUUACAAUUAAAGCCACUGGAUGCUUAAUUGUCAUAAGAAAAGAAAAUUGGAUUUCAGACAGUGUUGCAAUUCACUGAUGCAGGACAGGUGCCAGACAUGUUGUGAUCUCAACAACACCCAUAAAGAAUAUAGGAAUUUUUAAUUGAAAAAACAAGAUACCUGACAUCAUCUCCUUUUUCUUAAUCUAGAUAUUUUUUCUUGCGCAGUGGCUAUUUCUUCAUCCUGGCCAAUGGCAAAUUCCAAAUUCCCAGAGGAGUUGCGGAAUCGCGUGAUUAGAUUGUUGUGUUGCUUUUCAAGCACUGAAACAGUUUCGCUUUUAGGGAUGAUAGUGAAGAAUUUUGAUCAAAAUACUAUUCGACUUGUCUUUUGUGGGCAAAUACUCCCACUGUCAUCCUCCUCGUCGCGGAACUAUGCACAAACCUAUCGGCAGCUUCAAAAAAGGUUAGAGUCUCUGCCAGUGUCGAUUUUUAGCUCAGCUGACUAAGUCAGCCGAGCUUGUCAAAUAAGUUGUUCAGUGGCGUCCGUCUGUCCAUCCAUCCAUCCAUCCAUCCAUCCAUCCAUCCAUCCAUCCAUCCAUCCAUCCGUCCGUUAAACCCAUGGUGCACAUUUUGUAACCGUAAGACCUAGAGACUUCAAUUUUGCAUUUCUGGAUACUUCUGAUCAAACUCUACUUUCAAAACAAAAUUUGUCGCCAUUCGACCUACUUCCUGCGAGCGAGAGUGCAUGAAGGAAACUGGCCUAUAUCGGCCUAGGAGCAGCAGAAUUAGUCGAAAUAUGCUCUAAUAUUAAGAUAAAAUUCUUGAAAAUCUAUUUUAUUGAGAAAAAGUUCAAAAUUUUAACAGGAGAGGGCGCUACCUGCCUUUUAAUUAUUUCUGCCGAUUCAAAUUCCCGCCCGAUGACGUCAGCCAUCAAUGAAGUCUCCUAUUUGCCAGUUCUCAAAACAUGGCAGCUACACAACAAAAGCAGUAGCUCCAGGAAUAAAUCACUGUUCACUUCAGCUUCGUAAUCGAUUGUACCCCCACUUUAUUGUGUUUUGUGUGGUGUUCCUAUUCAAUCAACGAUGUAAGGCCUUAUUAUGUUGGUUUUAAUUGAGAAGGUGCAUUAUAAGCGGCGUACGAAAUACCGAAGCGGAGACAAAAUGGCGGCAUGUUGUUUACGCUAUGUGCAAUAAUCUUGGAGCUCAAUGACACUCAAGUACCCAAUUUUCUGCUUAAAAAGUAGUCUGGUAGGCGAUAUUAUCACUAGUUCGUUUCAGUGGUAGUCAUAAGGUCUUUAGGGACUAAAUUCAGAAAUUAGUUCUUGAAUAUUUGGCGACAUUUCUGUGAAAACGAUAUCGGAAGUGCAUGCUCUGUUCGCGAUGACAUCGCCGAUGUAUUUUGAAGUGGAGAAUUCCCACAGUAUGUGCAGUGAAUCGGCAUGAUUCUGUUCGCCUAUUAUGUUUUAGUUCUACGAUUCUUUCAAGAGUAAAAAGUAGACAUUCUAAGCAAUACAAUAAUGUCACUCCCAUAAAAAUUGAUUGGAAAUUGAGGGAGCUACGGCAUUCUCUUCGGCAACUGGCAGCGCUGAAAAAAUACAUUGCAUACUGUACAGUACCAAAUGGCACAUUUUAAAAAGCGCUCAUUGGACAACGUAGGGAAUCACCAGAAAUGACGUCAUCGCUGGUCUAAAUAGAAAACUACGGUGGCGCAGUAGAGCACAAGAAAAGGUUUAGCAUUAACUUCGUCAUGCAAGCUUCAGCAACAAAACGAUUUCUCAUGAAUGAUUUAUUUGAUCAUCAUCAGCUUGUUUCCCCUGAUAGAUAAAAAAAUGAUUUACAAUUUCCAUCAAAGUUGUCUAUUUUGUGUAUAGUCACAUGUUAUUUAGGGUACCCUGUUAUUUAACUGGCAAGGAGCCAAGCAGUUUUGAAUAUUCGCAGGAAAAUAUUUCGUACUUGUAAACGAGGCUAUGACAAUGAGUAUCCUCAUUCAUGGCAUAAACUUCAUGUUUCGGUAAAUAUUUUCAUACGAUGAUUUCACCCGAAUUGUGGUCAGGAUUGAGGAAUGAACAGUGGCAUAAUUAUGUCAACCAAAAACAUUGGUACCGUAGUGAACGCAAAAGGAUAUCAAAUACCAUGGAGCAUGCCAUUUUCAUGCAUAAUGAACUAAACACCGGGACGAUAUUAAUGAUAUUAACUCAGCUGAGCGCCAGGCCCUUGGGCCUCUUGUUUUCUGACUGAUGUAUUGGGUAUAUUGCUGAAAUUAAAAAUGAUACAGGUGUCUCAUCGAGUUAUAGUGAUUGAAAAGUCUACACCUUUAGAUUGAAAAGUCUACACAUCAUCAUUAUCAUCACCUCCAAAAAAAAAACCAAAUUUUUUUUUUAAAAGCAUGCCAGAAAAAUGCCUGUCAACCAACAAUUAUUUUAAAAAUUAUUUGACAAUUAUUUUGUGAAAAAUAACAGUCAUCAUGGUUCACACAUUUUCUUUUAAUAAAAUCUUG